GUCGUUUCUUGAAAAACAAGAGAGUAGAAAAGAAAAAAGGAAACAAGUCACCUCACAAAGAGAGUAUUAUUGAAACACUGCUUCGUCUUCAUCCGAUUGAUUAACUCAUCAUCACCAUACCUACCAACCAAAUGCUAUGAAUUAUCAAAAACAGAAUACUGGAAUGACGAGCUACUUCAGAAAUUGAACACUACUAAAUGAAAGUAAUGCAAGGAUAGCCCAUUUAUCUAUUUUCCUGAUUUCUUCAAGACGGCGACUCAAGCUCAACCUUAUUUAACUGCAUCCAAAUCUUACUGCUACAGCUAGCAGCUAUCUUCUGCAGCUUGGACCAUAAAACAACACUUGGUCGGUUGUUGCAUUGGCUUGCAUAGUUACUCCUAAUCUUCCACUGUGAAUCGGUCAAUUAUAUACUCCAAACAUGGAAAAUGUAAAGAAAGAUGAAGCCCAAGAUCAGAAGCAUGAUGAACUUGCUGAGUCACUAAACGAUCUCUUCAGCAGUGUCGCCUCCAUGAUAAAAUCGGAGCUUCAGGGGACUAAUAAUCAUCUAGAGCUAGUGGAGAAAAUGAAUGCAAAGGUCGCAGACGAGUAUAAAGGGUUUGGUGAUUUGGCUUCAGGGUUAAGGGUGUUUGUGGAGCAACUGAAAUGCAAAAGUGGUAGCUUUAACGAGUAUGUUGAGCAGAUUGAUGCAAUAGAGAAGCAAGUGACAGAAUUUGAAGCAGUGAUCUCUAUGCUUGAUAAAUAUGUGGCUUUGUUGGAAUCAAAAGUCCAAUCUCAUUACCAAACCAAAAGUCCAUCUUCUUAAAAUAAUGUACCGAUUGAGAAAAUGGGUAGGACAAAUGAGUAUGUUAAUUUGGAUCCUCGAAUUCCCCUGUAUCAGGUUUUAAAAUAAAGGACUGCGACUGCGAUCUUGACUGCAACAAAAGGGCUUUUGAUCUAACUAGAACUUGAUCGCAAUUUAGGCUGCAAUUGACCAGGUUUUUUGAUGCGACUGCAACUGUUACUGCAAUUGCUAUGUAAAACCCUACUCGCUGUUCCCAGCAGUGUCGAGUUAUCUUGUUGACUGGAUCCCAUGAUCACCCCUAGGAAAAACUUUUGUUGUUUUAAGAAAGGGUAGAAAUAUAUUACUGAUAUAUGUUCAUAAAUACUUAAUAUAGAAUGUAUAAAAUAAUAGCAUGUAUUGUAAUAAGAGUCUAGAAACUGAUUUAGUUCUUACUCUUUAAAUAAUUAUAAUUAUGGUUUGUUAUUUUGAGAAUAUAAAAACAUUUUUUUUGUAUAAUUGACAUAUUAUUGAUAGUUAGAUCCAA